GAAGCCUUUAUUUAACUACGGAAGUCCAUAUGUGUAAUCAAUCAAAGGCAAAAAUUAACAGUGCGAAAAAAGUGAAUACGAUAAAAUAAAAAUAGAUAUUAAAAAAAAAACUUCAUAGGAAGCAUCCAGAAGCAUUGAAGUAAACCUUUAUACAUUGGAAAAUUAGAUGAGAACAGAAUUUGUUCUACUAAUUGGAUCAAAUCAUGCCCAGACAAUCAAUAGUCUUGUUAUCCAAAGUGUUGGAACCAAAAUUGCAAUGCUUCCAAAUUGGUCCCUCUGUCAAGAUUCUUUCAUGAACAAAUUCAACAUUGACCCUCUUUAGACAUGCUUAGUAAAAAGACCUUAUCUUUUUGCUAUGAUUAAAGUCCCUAUGUAUCCAAAGUACCAGCAUGCCUCAUAAUUGCAACCUCUGUAACAAGACUUUCAAGAGUCGUAAUCGUUUGGAACAGCACAUUCUCAAACACACUAAGACCUUCAUUUGUCAGGUGUGUGAAAAAUCUUUCCGCAUAAAGUCUCAUUUACUCAUUCAUUUGCGGUACCAUACAGGUGAGAAACCUUAUCAUUGUGAACAAUGUGACAAGAAGUUUCCCAUACUGGCGACGUUAGCUGCACAUCGCCGCAGUCAUACUGGGGAAAGACCACAUCAGUGUGAUCUCUGUCCAAAAGCAUUUGGUACAAGGCACUAUCUUCAAGCACAUCGACGAUUUCACACAGGUGAAAAGCCAUAUCAGUGUGAUCAAUGUGAGAAGGCAUUUUGUAUUCGCAGUAACUUAUUAGAACACCAGCGAACACACACGGGUGAGAAACCUUUCAAGUGUGACUACUGUGACAAAUCAUUCAGCACUCGUAGCAACCAAGCUAAGCAUCACCGGAUUCACACUGGAGAAAAAAAAUUUGUAUGUCAAUAUUGUGACAAAGCCUUCAUUGAUAAUUCCAGACUGCAGAAACAUGUCAUUGCACACCUCAAAAAGCUGAUUCAUAAAUGCAAAUAUUGCAAGGAAACAUUUGAUACUGUAGAUAGUUGGAGCAUGCACUUGAAAGCACACCGUGCUGAUAAACCUUUUAAAUGUUUGAACUGUGAAGAGGCAUUUAACAGCAAAUCUGAGUUAGCUGCACAUCGAAAAAUACACAGUUCUAAGAAACCUUUUGCAUGUGAUAUGUGCACAGAUGCAUUUUCCAGCCGCUAUGCCCUAACAAUGCAUCGGCGACAACAUAGUACGCUUUACUCCUGUAAAUACUGUGAAAACACUUUCACUUCCACCAUAGAGUGGAGCACACACAUUCAGCAGCAUCUUGCAGAAAAGCCAUUCAAAUGCAAUUUCUGCACAGAAGCUUUCUCUAGUAGCUAUGAUCUAUUGAAACAUAAACGAGUACCACACUGACAUGAGGCACAUUCCUGGGAUAUAUUAACUGACACAAUUUGGUGGGUUUAUCAGUUGCUAUGUAUAAUUAGAUUUAAGGAACCUAGAAGGGUUUCACACCCAGGAGGGUAACUUGGCACAGCCUGAUGGUUUACACUAGUUGGUGCACAUAAAUGAGUAUAGCUUUGUGUGUAUGUGUGAACAAUUGAGCCCUUUACCUAAAUUUUCCCCAAGACACGACACUACUUUUCAUUUCUCUAACUGCAAUUUUUCCUCGAUAUCACUAAUCUUUCUCAUCACCUAGAAUCGUUUUACCUGAUAUCCAUCCCUCAUCCUUAAUAUUGUCCUCUCCAACCACAUAUUUCAUUGUUCCUCCCAACCAAAUCAUCUCACCUUCUCUGCCAUUAUAUGUCAUUCACUCUUCCCAUGCCCUAUGCCUCCUGUCUCUCCCAUCCUACAUGCUCUUGUAACCUACCUUGCUACUCAUCAUUUUCCACUUC